AUAACCGUUGAUUUGGUAGUAUGUAACUAUUUUACUUCUCUCGAUGCAUAUAUCAUGUGUUAUGAUUAUGUAGAAACAGCAGUAGCAGCUGCCAUCUUUAAAAUGGUGGUUAGUGGUACGUGGAUGAGUGUUACAUUUCUGUAGGUUUUACAAGUAACUGUCGAAAUGACGGAAGGAAAAGUUUCUGCUAAUGAAGCCGAAAUGAAAGGCUGGUUGUUUAAAUGGACAAACUAUUUAAAAGGUUACCAACGACGAUGGUUUGUUCUGUCCAACGGUCUCUUGUCUUAUUACAGGGCCGAAAAUUCAGGGGGGUCCAAACUGUCUAUCCGCCGACGUCGGCGGGCUGGUCGGACCGAAAACCAGGCAGAGAUGGCACAUACAUGUCGUGGCACCAUAAGUCUGCAUGGAGCACUUAUCAAUACAGAAGAUUCAUGUACAUUUGUCAUCUCAAAUGGUGGCACUCAAACAUUUCAUAUGAAGGCUGCUAAUGAAGUUGAACGACAGAGAUGGAUCACAGCCCUGGAACUGGCAAAGACUAAAGCUACUCGUCCCGUGGAAUCAGAAGAAGAGGAGGAGGAAUAUGACGAGUCAAUGGCAUCACAAAAGAACGAGGUCCAAAAUGUGAUCAAAUCACUGGUAUCUAGGUUGGAGGAUCUGCAAACAUGCAGUGACCUUAUUGCUAAACAUGGUGCUGCCCUGCAGCGCUCUCUCUCAGAACUGGAGUCACUGGAUACUGCACAGGACAUUCCCACGAAACUGAAGUCUGUCAAUGAAAGGGCUACACUAUUCAGGAUAACCUCAAAUGCUAUGAUGAAUACAUGCUCAGAUUACCUAGACCUGGCACAGACACAUGGCCGAAAGUGGCAAAGGAUGCUACAGCAUGAACGAGACCAGCGCUUGAGGUUAGAAGAUAUGGUGGAACAGCUAGCACGGCAGCUUGGAGGCCUGGAACAAGCUGCCAAGGAGCACUCAAUCCCUGUGAGGGAUAGAAGCAAUGUAUCUCAUUCAUCCCCAUCUGAUGAAGAUGAUGAAAAUGAGUUCUAUGAUGCUCGAGAUGAAGCCUCUAAUCAAGAUACAGAAGCAAACUUCAUCCUCAAGAUUCCUUUGGGUCAUAGGAGAACUUCCUCUGGGUCUUCAGAUCCAAGGCUACAUUUGCAGGAUGGACAUGAUGAGGCUUCAGGUUCAAGCAGUGAAGUGGAUGAUGCAACAGAAACUAAGGUGCUGGUUAUUAGUUCAAGUGAUCCAGCAGCAGCAUGUGAUAACCUCAUUUCAAAAUCAAAUUUACUGUCACAACAAGGGAGUAAUGGACGACAGCGGACUUCUGCCAUUUCCCAACCCUCUUCUGUAUCUCCAGCUUUGUCUACAUCAGACUCAAAGAGACUGCGCCGUACACGUGUCCCUGACAAACCCAACUACCCACUCAAUUUAUGGAGCAUCAUGAAGAAUUGUAUUGGCAAGGAACUGUCCAAGAUUCCUAUGCCUGUGAAUUUCUCAGAGCCUCUGUCCAUGUUGCAACGUCUCAUAGAAGACUAUGAAUAUGCAGACAUUUUGGACAUGGCAUCUCUUUGCAGUGACUCAUGUGAGCAGAUGGCAUAUGUUGCUGCAUUCACUGUGUCUAGUUACGCCACCACUAGCAACCGCACUGGCAAACCAUUUAAUCCAUUAUUAGGAGAAACAUAUGAGUGUGAUAGAAUGGAUGAUCUUGGCUGGCGGGCCAUAUCUGAACAGGUCUCCCACCAUCCUCCAAUGUUGGCACAGUACUGUGAAGGCCGAGAUUGGCGCUGCUGGCAAGAAUUUACCAUGGCAUCCAAGUUCCGUGGAAAGUAUCUCCAAGUUAUUCCACUGGGUAUGGCACAUCUUGAAUUUAAUUCUGGCAAUCACUAUACGUGGCGCAAGGUUACGACCACUGUCCAUAACAUUAUUGUUGGUAAAUUGUGGGUAGACCAACAUGGAGACAUGGAUAUUGUGAACCACAAAGAUGGAGUGAAAUGCCAUCUCAAAUACAUCCCCUACAGCUAUUUCACACGAGAUGUGCAACGCAAGGUGAAAGGUUGUGUAAUGGACAGUGAUGGCAAUGUCAGGUGGGUUGUCUCUGGAAUGUGGGAUAACAAAAUAGACAUAGCACCAGUCAUUAGCACAGAACGAGCCAGCUCUGACAACCCAGUGUUCAAGACAGGUGCAUACACAACUGUCUGGAAACGGAAGAGCCCUCCGCCUGAUUCAGAUCGGUAUUACAACUUCACAGAACUGGCGUGUCAGCUAAAUGAACCAGAACCUGGAGUUGCACCAAGUGACACACGCAACCGUCCUGACCAACGAUUGAUGGAGAAUGGAUUGUGGGAUGAAGCAAACAUAGAGAAAGUGCGAUUGGAAGAGAAACAACGGGCUGCUCGGAAGGUACGGGAGGCAGAAGCAGAGAAAGCUGCAGCUGAAGGUCGUCCUUAUCCACCAUAUGAGCCGGUGUGGUUUAAGAAGGAAAAGGAACCUUGGACAGGGAGUGUGAUUCACAUGUACCAGGGUAAAUACUGGGAAUGUAAAGAGCAUCAAGAUUGGUCAGUGUGCCCAGAUAUCUACUAGGCAACACCAGGAACCUCCAUUUGCCUGCCGUUCCAGUAGAAGUUCUAUCAGCAUGUUGAGACAGACAGGUUUUAGUAAUUAAACUUUUUUUUUGUGAUUGGACUUGUACUAAGAGUAUACUGUCAUUGUCUGUCACAUAGCAGGAAUACACUGUAGGCAGGCAAGUAUUUGAUUGUCCUGCAUAGGAACAGCCUUGAUAAGUUUAUUUACUGCAAAGUGUAAUACACAAUAGCGAUGAAAGACUGAAGGUGGUUUGGGCAAUAUGCACACGUCUUUUUUUGCCUUCAAUUUUGUCUUUCAUGUGAGGGUUGUUAAGCAUCCUGAUUGUUUCAUGUAUUUUUUAUAACUAUGAAAUGGUAUGGUUUAGAUUUGUAAUUGUUGCUCGAUGGUAGAUGAAUUGUUUGUAAAUAGGAUCAUGUCAGUCUUAUGAGAGCUACUGGCAAUAAUUGUGAAUGUGACAUGUAAAUUAAAGAUCUGAAAGUUCUGUCCUGUUUGUAUCUUCCAAAAUAAUAGUUACAUCCUACUUUUGUGUACUGUUACUAGUUGCAGAAGAAUAGCAGUUUUGUUUUCUUUCUUUGUCUAUGAACAACAGAACAAGGGCUAGUACAGUGGGAAUAAAUCUUACAGGUUAAUGUUACAUUGAUGCCACCUACUAGAAUGCUUGGAUAUUGAACUCACUGUUAAUUGGUUCUGCAACAGUAUUUCUAGAGUUACUAAGGUAUACAAGCAUUAUGGUUAACUGUUGUAUAUGACUGAAAGACAAGUUUCAGAGUGCCCCUCGAAAGGUGAGAAUACAAAAAUAAAUACAAUUAAACCCACAUAUUUGUCUGUACUUGGGCUUCCUCAUUUUUUACAUUAAAAUUCUAGUGUUAUCUUGAUAAUACAUUUAGUAACACUUAUCUGAGUCAGGGGCAUUUGUUAGUGAUUCUAUGGCCUAUAUUAAAGAUUACUAUAUGGUGUGCAAGAAGUUUGAUAUUGUAAGGCUCUAGUUCAAGGUACAGGUUGCUUGUUAUCAUCAUGUCACCAGUGUACCUCACUUUUGACCACUUUUGUUUAAUGAAGUUUACUGGCAUAUUCUUGUCAUUUGAAACUAUUCUCAGUUAACCUCCAUUGACAAUAGUUGCCAUAUUUUUGUGCAUAUAAACUGCAUAAUAGUCAUACAGUCAGGUUUAAAUGUGCUAAAUAUUUGGGGUGGAAGGAUAUUUACCCUGUGAAAGUUAAGGCUGGAAAAUGUUUAAUGUGUGAUAUGCUGAGGUGAAAUACGUUUAUAAUUCAAAAUCCUUACAUGAACUGUAUUCAGAGGAAACCUCUGAAUGAUGAAGUGAAUAUGAAAAUUAAGAUAUUUGACGUGAUCAAGGAUUGGCAGAGAGACUGACAAGGAGGAAGUCUGGUACUUUGUCAAAAAUGUGAACUUUAUCAGUUAUAUGAUAGCAUACUGAAAAAUAAAAAAUUGAAUACUAAUUUGUGAAGUGGCAGUCAGUAAUUUUCAUUUUGAUCUAGAAUGCGUAUUAGUGGAUCUUAAGAUCCACAAUACUAUUCUGAUAUGUGACAGUGAUUUGUUUAUUUUGAAUUAGAAUACCUAUCAGUAGACCCUCUAAACCAUUCCUUUCAAGGUAAAAAAUAUCUACACUUAGUUUCUUAACCACUCUUGUCUCUUCAGCCCCUAAAUUUCCUUGGAAUAUAGUGACUGUUUUCUGUCGCUGUUCAAACUGUGGUCAUUAUUUUUUGUGUUAUUCUUGUGUCUGUAUGUUUUCCUUUAUUUUUAACCUUAUUUGCAUAAAUUUGUGCUUUAAAUGCUGUGUCCAAGAAGACUAUGCUAUAAAUUCUAUUUGGGCAGUUAGCAGGAAGGAAAUGAGAAUGUCAUAAGAUAUCCUUUACAAAAUCUUCUAAAUUCUGAACAGUUGCCUUGUCAGUUUGUUGGUACAACUUUGGUAUAGUUGUUUGUUUGCUACAUCCUUGGUAAGGACUCAUAUUUGAUUCCAUAAUAAGAAAUAGUAAUUACUUUAAUUGAAUUUAAAUUUGUAGUAAGUGUGCAUAAAAUAACAAGUUUUCUGUUUAUCAGUGUAAUUACUUGAAAAUGUGGUACAAAUCUGUAAUACUUCACUUGCUGAUAGUGGUUUGUGCAUCAAACUUCUUUAAAUAUUAGUUACAUCUAUGAUGUGUGUGCAUAUAUGUAUAUAUUUUAAAAUGACCUGUGUGGGAGAAAAUGUGGUAUUUUAAGUCCAUAUAAUAGAUGCACAUAUUGUGUAGGUCUUAGAGACAUUGGGUAAUAACAGGUAGCAGUGUCAUAUUGAAAUUGAGAAUUGUAUUUUGUCAUUGCUUUGGCCAAAAUAAGUAGCAAACCUUUUGAUUGUUGAUAUUACCAUUUAAUGAAGUGUUUUUCUAACUAAAUCACCUAUGGUUGAACCUGUUAUACACUCUGUGAAUACUAGGGUAAUUUUUGUUAGUUGUAAACUGAAUAAUUCGAAUUUGGUAUGUUUUCCUGAAUUUCUGUUAGAAACGAGACUUGCAAAGACAGGAGCUUGAAAUUAAAUGAUCUGUAAUGAGUGAAUCGAUUGUCUGAGUAUUUAGCUUUUCUUCCCAAUACAUAAAAUGACAAUCAUGAGAAGCAACCUCCAUUUCUAGUAAUUCUGAAUACAUUUUUUAGGGUUGCCAGUUCUUGAGAUUUAUUAGGGAUACUAUCAGUAAAUUUGCGAAUUUUGGAAUUGUCUAUUUCCCUCCUGGAUGACAUAUUAACUGUAUUUUAAUGGUAGUUGUGGAAGGUUUUCUUUUGCCUGAAUUGUAAGGUAUAUACACACUGACCCAGAUUGUGACAGCAACAAUAGGUUGGCCAUUGUUAUAUCUGUUCUUUACAUUUGUAUUAAUUACAAAGAAUUUUUUUUUGUAAAACAUGCAGUUUUUAUGUUCUUGAAAUAUAUGUGUAAUAUAAACAAUCUAUGGCAAUUUAAUGGAAAUAUGGUUUAAUGUAUUGUUGUAUCCAGGUUGUCAUUUUAUAAGAUUUGGUCAUUGACAGCUCUUACAAUGAUAAUACUUUUAUUUGGCAAACCAAAUUAUGUAGUCUGUUUUACUUGAUCCUGUUACAAACUCCAUAUGAAAACUCAUACUUUUCACAGUAAAACCCUGAUGACAUAGGCUCUACAGCCAAGCACCUGUUGCUGUGUCAUUUCUGGUCUUAGGAUGAAAGUGUAAGGUAUGUUGUGCAGCUCCAAAUUGUAGUAUUUUCAGAAACUGUACAGCAUAACAUAACUUCCAAGUCAAGAUUGUUACCAAAUACUAAAGAAAGGUUUGUACAUUUUUUAAAAGAGCAGUUUUGCUUCUUAGAAUUUGUAUUAGUUUUGCUGAUCAUAUUGGUUGAUCAUGGCUUUGAAAUCAUGCAAAGGCAUAUUUGUAUUACAACUUUAUUUUGUAAAUAACCAGUAAAUUAAUCAGUCUUACACAGUAUUGCAUGCUAUAUACAUACGUAUUGACUGACAUGCAUAUAAACAAACAUGUACAUACAAACAUUUAUAUAUGCAUAAGUAGAUGUGUGUACACAUAUGUACAUACAUUUUUUAUUUCUUUGUAGGGCAUUGUUCCAUUACAAAAGUAAUUAUAAAAUUUGUUAAAAACAAGAUUUUUAAAUUCUUAAGAUUAAGACAGAUGCACAGACGUGCGCACACACACACAUACAAAACUGACAUGCACCACAAUCCUCAUAUUGCAGUUUUUAUUAAUUCAUACAGAUUUUGAGACAUUUAAGUGAGGGAUUGAGGGCUGUAACAGAAUUUUUUGCUCAUGUAUAAUAAAAUUGUGGAUUGCUGCUGUAUAUUUAAGCUUACACUGUGAAUAUUGUGUAUCAUAAGAGGUUACUGUCUCAUAUAAAUGAAUAGAUAAUGGAUAGAUUUAGAUACAUGGCUGCUUUGAAAAUUCUAUAAAAAUAUACAAUAAAGCUUCUCUGUAUGUAUAUAUAGAUAUAUAUUUGUGUAUGCAAGUAUAUAUAAAAAUCUUCAUAGAGGUAUUUCAGGCCUCAGAAAUAUAUAAAAUUUGAAAAUAUAAUUUUAUUUCAUUCAGUUAAAGUUGUUUAUGUUUGGAAAUGACCUUGCAAAUAUGUAUGGGAUUGUUGGUGGCUGGUAGGAGACUGUGAAAAUUAAAUCUUUUGAAGUGUGUGUUAGCCCUGCAACUGGCAGGUAUUGUAAUUGUCGAUUGUAUGGGUCACUGGUAUUGAUAUUGCUGACCUUUAGAGAAAUUCUUAUAAGAAGACAGAACAUAUGUUGAAACCACCUGUGAACUAUAUCAAGUGUAGGGUGUGAGCAAACUGUUUUCUCCUUUAUUUGUCUGUAAGAUAUUAACUAUUUAGUUGUGUAAUAUUUUUUGUUCAGAAACAGUAUAGUUUAAGACAGUAAUGAGUUAGACAAGCAAAUAAUUUUCUGUAGCAUCUUAUAACGAUAGUAAUAUGAAAUGGAGGGCGCUGUUAAGAAUGGAAAAGGAUCUAUUAAUUUUGCAUUUGUGUUUCACAGCUUCAUAAAGACAAAAACAAAAUUAAUUAAUUUUUUCAUAGUAUAACUACUAAAAAUUAAGCUUUCUGAUCUUGUAUAUAAUAAUGAGAUCUUUACAAUGAUUAAGAAACAUGUGGAACAAAAAGUAUAAAAAUUGUGUUUACAAAAAUAUUUGUCUUACUAAGAGAUUGGUCUAGCACUGUAAGAAAUAAAUCUAGCAGUCCCAGGGUUAAUAUUCAAGAACAUAUAUAAAUUAUUUACUAAGAAAUUGGUUGUGUUAUUUAUAUAAUGACUUUUAAUUCUGAAAUGUAUGUGCUAAAAAUAACUAUAGAAAUUAAUGCUAUGAGUGUUGGUCAUAUCUGCAAGGCUGUGAAAUGAAAUUGCUGGUCAGUUUCACCAUGUCAUACAUCACCUUUCCUUCUUCCAGUGACUUAAUUUUGUAACCAUUACAAGGAAAUGUUUAUUUAAAUUCCAAAUAUUUAUAUAUCAGAUGUGGUGUAGUGGUUAGCAUUCAUAUUUAGGAAUGCUCUGAUUUUGAUCUCACCCAUGAGAUCAUCUGUCCUGAUUUAUAUUUACAUUUUCAGUUGGUCCAUACACCUACAGACAAAUACCAGGAUAGUACCUUAAAAGAAGGAGUGACAGCUUGUUCCACAUUUUUACCAACACACUAUUGAUAUUCAUCCUAUAAGUUUUAAUUUGAUGUGUUAUAACAUUUUCCACAGUUACAUUAAAUAUGACAGUACAGUAAUCCAUUAUGAGUAAAUGAGUUUAGCUGGUUGCACACCAUGAAGUGAUCACCAUUGCUGUACAUAAAUUCAUCAACAUUUUAUUCUUAUUCUGUAUCACUGUUUCAUAGGACAGAAUGGGAAAGCUCUUGUAUUGACCAUAGUUUCACAUAAAAACCUGAACUUCAGUUACUUGUUUAAUUAUAUGUUGUUGUCUUCUGAUUUCCUGUAAUUAAUUCAGUAAGUUGAUAUUUGAAUGGGAUAUUAAAAUUUGAAGAUGAUGUAUUAAUUGUAUGUCUAUAAUAACUGCUGUAAAUUAAUUAACCAAAAUUUGGAACAGCAAAUUGAGACUGAUAUAGGCCACAUAUUGUCUUUUCUCCAGUUUUUAAAUUUAAGUCUAUCUCACAACUUUUCAUAUGUCCAAAAUUUCAUAAAUCAUGGUACUACAUUUUCUUUCCCAUUUAGGCAUUUUUCCUGGCAAAGGUGCCUUUGUCCAAGCAUCAUUUAAAAUAGACUGUAUUGAAACAAUGAGAUUGUUUAUUUGUAAUAACAAUCUUAAGAAUGUGUAUUCUUACUGGCAAAUUUUCUGUCACCAUUGUAAUGAUGCAUAGUGAUUGCUUCAUGCACUAUAAAAACUUUGGUUAUCACCACCUAGCAAACAGCUCAGAGGCAGAUAAACAACAGAAAGAUAAUUUUAUGUAUGAGAUUGAGGGAAGCAAAAUUUCGGUCAUAAUUUUCAGAGUGGAUAAAAUAGCCUUCAGCAGUUUUGUAUUUUGGCCUGUGGCCCAAACCCAGAGAUGGAACAGGUCAUUACAUAGAGCUUGAAAAUACUAUACUGAACAUAUUGUUUUUACCUGACUGUUAGAUGAAGCUUUUCUUUUAUUUUGAUUCAAGAAUAUGUGUUAUCUUAUAUUUGUAAAUUAUAAGAUACAUAAACAACAAACAAUUCAAUGAUUUCUAGGAAAACAGAUGUCUAACAAAUGUAACAUUUUGAAGGGAUGAAAAUUAUGUGGAGCUAAGUGGGCCAUUAUGAAGAGUUAUACUACAGAAUUAUACCUAAGAAUUUUAUUUAGGAAAGUAAGUUAAUAAAAGUGGUUACUGUUUGAAAUAUUGUACCAUUAAAAUGGAGUGUCCUGUGUUGAAGUCAUCUUACAGUCGUAUGAUGUGGUAUUUCUGUUAAGUGAUUGGUUAUUAACCACUUGACCUAACAUUGCUUGUGGUUUAUUACAAGUUAAUAUUAUUUGUACAGUGCAAAUAAAUUCCGAGUUGGUUUUA